AUGACGGUCACUCCACCCUCGGCGUGUUUGCGCUUCGUGCAGCGCAUCUGUCGUUCGUUCCAGUCCUUCUCGGGUCACGAUGCAGUCACCAUUCCCCAACUCAAGAUCAACAGUGCUCGACCGGGCUUUGUGGCAGGCACGUUUACCAUUGGCAAGCACAACGUCAACCGCCUCGGCUCCCUGCAUGGCGGAUGCAUCGCCACACUCACCGAUACCAUGGGAUCCCUAGCCAUCGCUUCCAAGGGCCUCUAUUCAACGGGCGUCAGCACGGAUAUCAACACCACCUACGUCAAGACUGCAGGCACUGCAGGAAGCACGAUCAAUGUACAGGCCCAUCUCAUCAGCAUGGGCAAGACUCUCGCAUUCACAAGGGUCGAGUUGCUGCAUCAAGAGUCCAAUCAGCUACUGGCAUACGGCAGCCAUACAAAGUACAUCAAGGGCGCCAUUAGGGAUGCAGAAAACGUCACCUUUGAUCCAGAGGGUCAGUACGUGCUCGAGGGCAAACAACCCGACGAAUGGAAGUAA